AUGAAAUAUAUUUUAAGAUUUUUACUAAUCCCAAUAAUUGCAACAGUUUUUAAGUCCGUCGCGGUGAGCAUAAAUAAAAACCUCGUGAUUCGUUCUGCAACACCAACGGGAGAUACAACAUGGGACAAUUGGAAUGGACAAGUUCAUGUAACUCCAAGUGCCAUUUUUAAACCAUCUUCACUUGAUGACCUUAAAGACAUUGUGAAAUUGGCAAAGCAAAAGGGAAAAACUAUUCGAUGUGCUGCCCAAGGACAUAGUGUAAGUAAACUAUCUUACACACAGAACUAUCUGGUGAUAGUUACAGAAUUAACUCAGGUCACUGUGCAAAAAGAUCCAAAAUAUGACUGGACUGUUACUGCUGAAGCGGGUACGCCGUUAUCGAAGCUUGAUGAUGUACUCCGAAAACAUGACCCACCAUUAACUCUCGACUCAGAGACUGUAUAUGACUCAUUUCGAGUAUCCGGUGUUAUUGCGGUAGGUGCACAUGGUGCAAAGACUAGUUCGGGUAUUAUGUCAGAUCAGCUUGUCUCGAUGCAGAUUGUCACCGCCUCUGGUGACGUAGUCACAUUUAGUGAAGAAAUAUACAAACAAGAAUUUAAUGCUGCAAAAGUCAACCUAGGUUUAUUCGGUAUAAUUUAUUCGGUGACUUUCCGUGUACAACCGAUGUACAACCUUCGUAUGACUGACACCCUUUAUCCAGCAAAAGAAUGGAUUAAACCACAAAAUAUUAAAAAUAUUUUAGAAGUUUCUGAUGGAAUUGAAAUAUUUUAUUGGCCAUUCAAUGGAUUUAAUCAGGGUGAUCCAUCUCAUCCUGACUCUAGCAAAGAUCUAAUUUGGCUUAUAAAUUUCCUACUAUCAAAUCCUUUACUUACUCCGAAUAUUACUGCUUCGAUAUGGGAUACCCGUGUUGCCAUUGCUGGUAAUACCAGUACGGUAUUGCAGGCUCCUGAUGCAUUCCAUUACGUACCUUCUGUAGAAAGCCUUAAGGUUAGUCUAUGGGAAAUUGGAUUCAAAAUUGAUUCGGAUUUUUCUAAUGUCGCCACUGAAAUUUCUUUCAUAAUUCAAACAGUGAAUUUUAGAAUAAUAAAAUCAACUGAAGCUUUAUUAUCCACUGCUUUCAAUCAUGAUCCAAAAGCAUUGUAUUUUCGAUUGGAUCUCAUUUCAGCUUACGGUAAUCCUGACUGGGAAGAAUUUAUACAAUUAUUAGGGCAAAGAUAUUUUACGAAUAAAUACAAUGCAAAGCCUCAUUGGGGAAAAGAAUGGGAUACUAAACCAGAGAUUAUAUCUUAUCUUUCUAAAGCUUUAAAAGAACCAAUUAAACAAUUUGAGAAAGUGCGCGCAAAGUAUGAUCCUAACAAAAUGUUUUUCGAUAAUAAGUCCUUGCAGGAUAUAUUUAGAGGUGCUUUAGGUCCACAAAGUUAA